AUGGAGUCCAAUGCAUCUUGUGCGAAUGCAAGACUGAAAAGAAAGAUGAUGCUCAAAGAAAAGAAAAUGAAAAGGAAUCAUAGAGAUGUACAUGAUGACGAUCAUCGAAGGAAAAGGAACUGUACACCACUGUCUGAUAUUACAAUGAUGGAUUUCUUCAAUCGGCAGAUUAAACCAAAUAACUAUAUUCAAGGAAAUUAUAAUGAAGAACCACUUCAAAGGAAAAGUAAUGCUAUGAGCUUUAGAUUUCAUAAUGACACUUCUCAUCGCCAAAAUCUGCUUCAGAAGUUUCAAGUUGCAAACGAGUUUUCAUCAGAGUUUCGUCAAAGUUCAACAUAUGAGACAUCAGCCCAUGCUAUAGUAGAAGAUGUUGGACUACAUCAGAGUACAAGUUCUCGGAUUGAGGAUAUCGUUAGGGUUUACGCAGACAUUGGAGAUCCGACAUUCAUAUGCAGGGAAUGCAAGGCGUACAUGUGGUACGAGGAAAGGAUUAAAAAGACCAGGAGAUGUGUAAGUCCGACUUUCCAUUUGUGUUGCGGUAAUGGUAAAGUUCAACUACCAAUUCUAAAAGAACCACCAAUUGUUUUGAAACGUCUGUUAUUUGACAAUGAAUCCAAAGAAAGCAAGAAUUAUCAAAGUCAUAUUAGGACAUACAAUAUGAUGUUUGCCUUUACAUCUCCUGGAGCUAAAGUUGACAGAACUUUUAAUAAUGGAAAAGGACCGCCCAAUUUAAGAAUCCAAGGACAAUCUUGUCAUAGAAUUGGCAGUCUUUUGCCGGUACCCGGUGGGCUUCCAAAGUUUGCGCAACUAUAUAUUUACGACACCGAAAAUGAAGUUCAAAAUAGAAUGGAAUCAUUAAGGAAUCAAGAUGAUAUCGAUUUGGAAAUUGUCAGCAAAUUAAAAAAGAUGCUCGAUGAGUUCAAUGUUCAUGCUAAAUCAUUUAGAAUGGCAAGGGAUAGAUAUAGGAACCAACCAUUUGAUGAUUUGAAAUUGAGACUUAUUGCAGAUAGGACAAAAGAUGGAAGGAUAUAUAAUGUUCCUAAUGUUUCAGAAGUUGCAGCCCUUAUUGUUGGAGAUGUUGAUACUGCUUCAGGUAGAGACAUCAUAAUGGAAAAGCAAUCCGGCAAAUUACAAAGAAUAAAUGAAUUGCACACAAGCUACCUAGGGUUUCAAUAUCCUUUACUAUUCCCAUAUGGGGAAGAUGGAUAUAGACAUGAUGUCAAUCGUCGUGAUAGAGCAGGAAUCAUCCAGAAAAGAAAUAGAUUGACAAUUAGGGAGUGGUUUUGUUUCAGGUUGCAAACAAGACACUCAGAAGCAUUAACUUUGCUUACAUCUAGACGAAUUUUUCAACAAUUCAUUGUUGAUGGAUAUACAAUGAUGGAAUCCGAAAGAUUGUCAUUCAUUAAAUAUAAUCAAUCUAAGUUAAGGGUUGAUAAAUAUAAUAACAUCUGUCAAGCCUCAGAUAAUUCACAAAGUAAGGGAUGGCAACAAGGAAAGAGGGUUGUUCUUCCUUCAUCUUUUAUUGGUAGCAGAAGAUUUAUGGACCAACUGUAUUUUGAUGGAAUGGCAAUUUGUAGUUAUCUGGGAUUUCCAGACCUCUUCAUAACUUUCACGUGCAAUCCUAAAUGGCCAGAAAUUACUAGAGCAUUGAAAAAGUUAAAGUUGUCCUCAACCGAUCGUCCUGAUAUAGUUUCAAGUGUGUUCAAGAUUAAAUUCGAACAACUUCUCAUAGAUCUAACCAAGAAUCAUUUAUUAGGCCGAACUAUUGCAUUCAUGUAUACUAUAGAAUUUCAAAAGCGCGGCCUACCACAUGCACACUUGCUCAUCUUUUUGCAUCCGAGCAGUAAAUACCCAACUCCUGAUGAUAUUGACAAAGUCAUCUCUGCUGAAAUCCCGUCUCCAAUUACAUGUCCUGAACUGCAUCAAUGUGUUCUAGAUCACAUGAUACACGGUCCUUGUGGUACUAUAAACAGAUCUUUGCCUUGCAUGAAAAAUGGUAAAUGCUCGCGCCUAUAUCCAAAAAACUUUCAGAACACCACCAGUGUAUCAGAAGAUGGAUAUCCACAUUAUCGAAGAAGGAACGAUUCAUUAACUGUGACAAAGAAUGGUGUUUGCCUUGAUAACCGUUCUGUGGUUCCUUAUAACCCUGAACUACUUCUUAAGUACCAAGCACAUAUAAAUGUGGAAUGGUGUAAUCGCAGUACUUCGAUCAAGUACUUAUUUAAGUAUAUCAACAAAGGUUACGACAGAAUAACAGCUGCCAUAGUUCCACAGCAGAACGAAGGAAAUGUGAAUACACAAGCAAUAGAUGAAAUCAAACAAUAUCUGGACUGCAGAUACGUAUCUCCAUGAGAGGCAUGUUGGAGAAUAUUUUUCCCCAUUCAUGGACGAAAUCCAGCAGUAGAAAGAUUGUUUUUUCAUCUACCGGGAGAACAGGCAGUGUACUUUAAGGAUGAUGACCAAAUGGAUGAUAUUGUGGGAAAAGCAACAGUUUCAGAAUCAAUGUUUACAGGCUGGAUGGAAUGUAAUAAGAAAUAUGCAGAAGCCAGAAAGUUAACAUAUGCUGAAUUCGUUUCCAAAUUUGUUUAUGUAAAGAAAGAUAGAUGUUGGAAACCAAGGAAAACAGGAAAUACUAUUGGAAGGCUAAUUUGGGUACCUCCAAGUACUGGUGAAGUGUUUUAUCUUAGGAGAAUGCUAACCCAUGUAAAAGGUCCAACAUCGUACAUAGAUAUAAGAACAGUUAACAAUGUAACAUAUUCUACAUUUAGAGAAGCUUGCUUAGCUCUAGGAAUUUUAACAGAUGAUACAGAAUAUGUUGAAGCUAUGAGAGAAGCAAAAGAUUGGGGUUCCGGAUAUUAUCUUAGGAAACUAUUCGUUACUAUAUUGUUGUCGAAUAGCGUUAAUCAUCCAGAAGAUCUAUGGAACAAAACAUGGGAGUGGCUUGCAGAUGGAAUUUUGUAUCGCGAGAGAAAUAUUUCCGGAAUUGCAGAUUUAACCAUUGCAACAGAAAUGCUCCAAAACCUGACUUUGAUCGAGAUAGAGAAAUUGCUUGAAGAGAAUAGAAGCAGUUUAAAAUUCUUCCCAACCAUGCCAUACCCAAAUGAUUUUGUUCUUCAAAAUUGUGGUAAUAGGCUUAUUUAUGCAGAACUGAAUUACAACAUUGCUGAGCAACGACAAUUGUUCCAAUCCAACUUAAGAUCAAUGACAGCUGAACAAAAGCAAAUUUUUGAAAAGGUUAGUAAGGCCGUUCUAAAUAAACAAGGAGGAGUAUUCUUUCUAUAUGGAUACGGUGGAACUGGAAAAACUUUCAUGUGGAGAACGUUGUCAGCUGCAUUUCGUUCUGAAGGAAAAAUUGUACUCACAGUUGCUUCAAGUGGAAUAGCUUCUCUAUUACUACCAGGAGGACGAACAGCACAUUCUAAAUUUAAGAUACCAAUACCAACAUUAGAUAAUUCAGUUUGCAAUAUCGAACAAGGAUUUGAAGCUUCAGAGUUGUUAAAGAAAGCUGAACUUAUUAUUUGGGACGAAGCUCCAAUGGCGCACAAAUAUUGUUUUGAAGCAUUAGAUAGAACUUUGAAUGACAUAAUGGGUGGUAUGACGAAAGAGAAUGGUGUUUUUGGUGGAAAAGUGAUACUAUUCGGAGGUGACUUUAGGCAAAUCCUUCCUGUUAUCCCUGGAGGUAGCAGGUCUGAUAUUGUAAAUUCUACAAUCAAUGCGUCCUAUCUUUGGGAUCACUGUGAAGUUCUAACAUUGACCAAAAAUAUGCGUCUGCAACAACCAGGUUUACAAGGUAGUACUGCUUCCGAGAUUCAGGAAUUCUCGGAUUGGAUUGUUAAAAUUGGUGAUGGUAAGUUAGAAGAACCAAAUGACGGUUUAGUAGAAGUUGAAAUACCCAUAGAAUUUCUGAUUUCAGAGUUCAAUGAUCCCAUACAAGCAAUUGUGAAUACAACAUAUCCAGAUUUAAUUCACAAGUACACAGAAGAAUCAUUUCUGCAACCCAGAGCAAUACUAGCAAGUAGAAUUGAGAUUGUCAAUCAAAUCAAUGAAUACAUGCUAUCACUAAUUCCAGGUAUAGAAGAAAAAGAAUAUCUUAGCUCUGAUUCAGUGGAUGAAUCCGCUUCAAGUGAUGCUUAUAGCAAUAUAACCUCUGAGUUCCUAAAUUCACUCAGUAUGUCUGGACUUCCUAACCAUAAGAUCAAACUAAAGAUUGGAGUACCUAUAAUGCUGUUGAGAAACUUGGACCAAGCUACAGGAUUAUGCAAUGGAAGCAGAUUGAUUGUCACGAGGCUUGCAAACCAUGUCAUAGGUGCUAAAUUGAUAACAGGUAACAAGGAUGAAGAAGAAAUUUAUAUUCCUCGAAUGUCAAUGUCUCCGUCCCAGUCCCCAUGGCCAUUUAAGCUAAUUAGAAAGCAAUUUCCCAUUAUGCUUUCAUAUGCAAUGACAAUAAACAAAUCUCAAGGACAGUCACUAGGUUUUGUCGGAUUGUAUUUGCCGACACCCGUAUUUAGCCACGGUCAGCUCUACGUUGCAGUUUCUAGAGUUCAAAGUAAAUCUGGAUUAAAGAUCUUAAUCCAUGACAAUGACAACAAAAGAUGCAGCAAAACAACAAAUGUUGUUUACAAAGAAGUGUUCCAAAAUGUAUAG